AUGGAGAACAAUUCUGGUCUUCAGGGACGGGGAACGGCAUCUGCUUGCCUGGAAGUGCUUGCCCCGGCGGCAUCUGGCACCGGCGAGAGGCUCCAGCUGUCAGCUGAGAAGCUCAAAGAAGAGGCUGAGAGCAAGGCUCUCACUCCCUUGCAAAAGGGCGAGCUUUUGCAUGAGGCCUCAGAAAGGUUGCAGAGGAAAAGCAAGCUUCUGGAGAAGCCUGGCUACAAGAAGUCUCAAGUCAGAAGGCUCAUUGGCUGGCUGGGUGCCAAGUAUGUCUCAGCUGAAUUAGUGACCAACAUUUCUGAGACUGAGAGCAAGACCAGGUGCCUCCUGACUUGGCAGGAGUUUGACAAGACCUUGUGGUUGGCCACCUGUGCCACAGCUGAGACCUUGAAGGCCUCAGACAGAGUGGCAUCUCCUGAGGACUUUGUCUCAGCGCGUCCUCACCUUGUCAUAGGCUUCUCAGAUCAGAUUCCUCUGUGGGCCAAGGCCACUGGCAGGAAAGCUAUCUUUGCUGAGGAAGAGCUCCAGAAGCCUGAGCACAUCAAAGACUUCUCAGAAGUGAGGAAAGCCAUUUUGGAUAUUAUGCACUCAGAUGACCCUGCUGAGAUGGUGGUGCAACCACUGGAAAAGAAGCAGAGCUUUGAGUCAGCCACACCACCAACAAAAAGGCAGCUCAGCUUUCCUUCCUCAAACCCAAGUCCACCCAGCAGUAUUGUGAGGAAGCUCAGCUUUGGGGAGUCAGCAGGGUCUUCUGAGCAAGUGGUGCCUGCCACACCUGAGGAACAGCCAGAACCUGACAACAGCAGUCAGCGUGCAGUGGCACCUGCAAUCCCUGACAAGGAGGUGAGCUCAGCCCAGCAAGGAGCCCAGAAACCUGCCACACCUGAGGAACAGCCAGAACCUGACAGCAGCAGUCAGCAUGCAGUGGCACCUGCAAUCCCUGACAAGGAGGUGAGCUCAGCCCAGCAAGGAGCCCAGAAACCAACACCUCUCCCUCAGGCCUCAGCCACCACCAUCAUUGGGGUGUCAGGUGAUGAGCGCUUUCGCAUCACCUAUGAAGCAAGGCAAUUGCUUCAUUCAGUGCAUUCUCAGGAUGAGAUUGUUGGAUCAGUGGGCAAGGGCCUGCUGGUUGUGCCUGGCCAGUGGGCCAGGCUCAGCAACAUCUCAGAGGGUGGCACUUGGCUGAAGACUGAGAGCUUCCAGGUUGGAGACAAGACUGUUGUCAGGAAGCAAGGAACCUCAGUUGGAAGGAUCCUGGAGCCCUACAGGAAACUGAGGAAGAGCCACCCUGAGUUGAUGUCCAAGCUUGAGGUGAUGUCUCAGCCUGCCAGCAAUGUGGACUCAGUGAUCCUCACUUGGUCUAUCCAAGCUCAGGCUGAGCAGUACCCAUGCUCAAUGUGGAUGAGAGACUGCUUCAGCUCAGUGUUCACUGACUCAGCUGCUGAAGCCAUGGCUUUGGCCAACCAGCUAAGCUGCCUUGUAGCUGAGAAAUGCACUUCCAAGCGCCAGAUCACUGACACAGACUUUUGCAAGCAGUUCAAGGCACUGGUCAGGAGCAAGCUGACUGAGAUGAGAUCUGAGUGGCAGACUCAGAUCAGAGAUUCCCACUCAGUUUGGAAGUUUGGCCCAAAGGAGAUUGUCACAGCAGUGGUUCAUGCCCAGGAAUUCCUCAGUGACAAGAAUCUCAGAGACCAGUGGGUCCUAAGGGCUGCUGUCAGGAAUGGGUUGUUGGUUUACAGGCCAAACCCUCAGACAGGAAAGCUGGAGGAGCUGCUGUCUCAGAAAUGGGCCCAGGAGUUGAAGCUUGAGAUGGGCACUAAGAGGUACAAGCCUGAGUACCUCAGUGACAGACUCAAAUGGCUCAACAGUGAAGGUGUGCCCGUAGAUGCUGACUGGAAUUUGAGCGAGGUGGCUAAGAGCAUCACAGACCUUCAGGUAUGGGACUAUUUUCACCCUGAAGAUGAAGAUGAGACAGGAGAGCUUCAGAUCACAGAUGCCCUCAAUGAGGAUUUGGAGCUGGAGCUCCAAAACUCCUUGUCAUUGAGGCUGAGUCCUGCAUUGAGGAGCAAGUUGGUAAAGGCUUUGGCUCUGAAGGUUCAGUCCCAGUCCAGAAGAGAAGCCUUAGCAGAGAUCAAGCCUGAAGCUCAGCAGAAGAAGAAGAAGGCUCAGAAACCUUCCCUGGUCUUGAAGGCAGCACUGAAGAUGAAAGCAAGUGCCAAGACUAAGCCAAGCCUGCACUCCAAGCCCUCAGCUGUUGCAAAGGCAGAGAAGAAGAUGGCUCUCAAGGCCAAAGCUGACAAGGAGCUGCGUGCAGCUGAGAAGAUUUCUGCUGAGGAGGCACCACCCCUGCCACCCCCAGCAGAAGGCCCUCCAGCCAGUGAGGAAGAUAGCCUUCUUCACACUGAUGUUGUGGUGAUCUCAGAGGCAGCUGGCAAGACCAGUUUUGGCAAGGUUGGCAGCCUCAUGUCCUUCUCUUCUUCCUCAGGAGCCUACACCUUGCUGAGUGACACUGGUGCAUACCAGGUGAUGCCUGAGUGGCUGGAACCCAAGGACAGCAAGCCUGCUGUCAAGCCAGUCAAGUGGCCCAAGUGGAGCCAGCUCAGCAAAAAGGACACCAAGCUCAUCUUGACUCAGCUCAGCAGCAACCCUGAGGAUCAGAGCUCCCUGCAGUUUGAUGAAUGGUCCUACCACACAGUCCUCCCAUGCCCUCAGGAUGUUGCUGAGGUUGAAGACCAGCACCUGUGGUUGGGCUGGGUUCUGCUGAGGUGGAUGCUGAGCAAGAGCAACUUGCCAAGCUGUGAGGAGUUGGGGAUCAACUGUGUUGAUCCCAUCCUCAGCAAGCUGUUGAAUGAUCAGGAUGACCCCUAUCAGCUAGCAGCCUUAGAGGCUGGUGUUCAGUAUGACAGCCUCAGCCAAGAACAUGCUGAGUCCCACCCUGUCCAGCUGAGAAUGGGGAAGCUGCUGGAUCCUCAGUUUGAGCUGCCACCUCUCAAGAAUGUGGCCAAGCAGCCCAUUGGCUCCAAUGCCUGUGGCUGCUAUGUGCUCCACUACAUGGAGGGUGAGCUCAGAACCUUGAGGGGUGAAUGGCUGUCAGUUUGGCCUGAGGCAGGUUGGAAAGCAUGGAAGGAAAGGCUCAACAAAGCUUGUGGCAAGCUAGCCUCAGAGGCUGAGGCUUUGACUGAGGCAGUAAAGCAAGAGCAAAACAAGCUCUCCAAGCAGCAAGCUCAGGUGAAAGAGACCCUGGACAAGGCUCAGAGCAAGCUCAAGACCCUCAAGAAUGUCACCUCUGCAGCCUACUUGGCUGCUCAGGAGCUGGUGGAUAAGAACUCAGUCACCUUCACAUGGAAGAAUUUGUCUGAGUCUGCUACUAAGUCUGUCUUAGCCUUAGAAGCUGCACUGGGCAGGUGUGCUAAGUGCAGGUGGCAGUCUGGUUGCUUGGCCUGUGACCCCUACAAGUGCCUCAGACACCACCUGCACAAGGAAGCAGCUCAGGCCAAGAAGCAGGCCUUCCUCAGCCAAGGACUAGGGUUGUAA